AUGAAAUUUAUAAUAGUUUUAAUAAUAAUUUUAAUUUUAAAUAUUGUAUCAUCAAAUAAUAUUGAUAUUAAUGGAACUUUGCCAUUUAUUGAAAAAAGAAUUUAUGGACAAUUAGAUAAAUUAUCAUUAUUUAGAAUAGUACAUUAUGGAGAUGAAAAUGUAAUUAGAUAUCUUCGAGAGAAUCAAGAAAAGAUUAUUUUGGAUCAUCAUCGUACUCGUGAAUGUAAUGAUGUUUAUAUGUCGGAUUUGGAGUAUAGCAAGUUUGUACUGGAAUUUAAUGGUCAAAUUUUGGUAGAAGAACAACAACAAGAGGUUGAUGAAUUGGCAACUAGAGACAUUGGAAAAAUUAGAAUUAGUCGUCAACAACAAGAACCAUCAUGGAAAUCAAAUUCAAAAAAGACACUUCCAAACAAGAUUCCAUCACCAUCUGGUAAUGUCGAUUACAACCAUUAUCACAACUACCAAGAAUUGACAGAGUUUAUGGCGUUGAUUGAAAACAAGUAUAGUAAAAUUGCCAAAGUCUAUAGUAUUGGAAAGAGUAUUGGUGAAAGAGAAUUAUGGGCCGUUGAUAUUUCAAAUAAUCCACUUCAAAUGGAACCAAAACCACAAGUCAAAUUGGUUGGAAAUAUGCAUGGAGAUGAAAUUGUUGGUCGUGAAAUGUUAAUCUAUUUCAUUGAUCAUCUUGUAUCAAAUUAUGGUAUCGACCCCUUUGUUACCUAUUUAAUGAAUAAUGUUAAAAUUUCAAUCAUUCCUUCAAUGAAUCCUGAUGGUUUUGAAUUAGGUCAAAGAGGAAAUUUAAAUUCUUUUGAUUUAAAUAGAAAUUUCCCAAAUGAAAAAGAAGGAUCAAAUAGAAGAUUUGGACAAGUUCAACCUGAAACCAAGGCAAUAAUGGAUUGGAGUAAUUCAAGAAAUUUUGUUUUGUCUGCCAAUUUACAUGGUGGAGCAUUGGUAUCAAAUUAUCCAUAUGAUUCUACAAGAGGUAGAUUCCCAUCUUUGGAGCUUUCUGGAAUCUAUACUCCAACUCCAGAUGAUACUACAUUUAGAAGAAUUGCUCUUACCUAUUCAAUGAAUCAUGGUAAAAUGUUUCAUAGUGAAGACUUUUUUGCUGGUGUUACAAAUGGUGCUUCUUGGUAUACUUUGGAAGGUGGAAUGCAAGAUUGGAAUUAUGAUUAUUCAAAUAAUUUUGAAAUUACACUUGAAUUGUCAAAUGAAAAAGGACCAUCACCAAAUCAAUUGGAAGAAUUUUGGCAAGAUAACAAAUAUUCCUUGUUAAACUUUAUCAACAUCCCAUUGACUAUGGGUUUCUAUGGUAAAAUCACCGAUGCAAACAAUGGUCAACCAAUUCAAGCUAGUAUUCAAAUUGAAAAUAAUGAUCAUAUCAUUCAAUCUUCAAAAUUAUUUGGUGAUUAUUAUAGAUUGCUUGAUGUUGGUAGUUAUAAUGUUACUUUUACUUGUAAAAAUUAUAAAUCUAUUUCUAUUCCAAUUAAUAUAAUUAAUAAUCAAAGAAGAAGAAUUGAUCUUAGAAUGUUUCCAACAACGGUGGUUGAAAAGAAAAAGAAUGAAAUGACACCAAAAAAGAAUAUUGUUGUUGCUGAUUCAAAACUUGCAAGUUUGAAUGAAACUCAAGUCUAUGAUGAUCAAGAUCAUACAACAUUCCCAAAAGAUGGUAAUGGUAAACAACUUCCAUUUAAAUUACCAGUAUCCUACCAAUCAUCUCCAAUGCAACCACAACAAUCAUAUACAAAGGAUGAUAUUUCAAAUGCAGUUACAUUGAUUGAAAAUGGUGAUGCCAUUCUUACCACUAAAAAGGAUGAUAACAAUGGUCAAGACAACGUUGAUGGUCCCAUACCAACACCAGAAUGGGUUCAAAACCAAUUAAGACUCUUUGAUACUGCCAACAAUGAUGUAUUAAAGAUUGCAAUGAUCGAGAUUGGUAUUAUCGGUGGUGUAUGUGGUGCACUCGUUAUCAUUGUCAUCUUGGUCAUGGUACUUGCCUUUAAAUCCCUUCAAUUACCUUUAUGUUGUACUGGUCGUCAUCAUCAUAACAAAAUGAUGAAAAAUGACUAUACAAAUAAUAACUUUACAAAUAAUAAUAAUUUAACCAAUCUCGAUAGAUUAGAUAGAUGGGAUGAUGAUAUACUCAAUGAUGAUUGA